UUGCCUGGUAACGUUUUAAAACGCCUCCAGAAGUGCGUUGAAUGGGAGCCGCCGGGGUUAGAUAGUCGCUUGCAUAUUCUCCUGCGUUCGGCAAGCGUGCUAACAGACAAUGGUAGAUCGGGGACGAGCGGAGGUGUCGGUGUCGGUGUCGGUGGCGGAGGUAGAGCUGGUAGUACUGCAGGUGUUGGUGGAAGCGAGAGUUCGCCCUGCCUCUCCUCGGCUCGGGGCGUGGAUGUUAAUCUCUGCUCCGCCAACAGCAUCAAUGGCUGCACUCACACGGAAGGCGCUUGCGCCGGUCACUCGCUCGGCUCAUCGGGGGGCUGUGGAGGUGGCAGUGGCGGUUGCGGUGGGGGCACAGCUCUCUCGGAGGGCUGUGGCUGCACAGCAGUGGGUAGUGGCGGUUUCCUCUCCAAUCGUCUUGUGCGUUGGCUCAAGAAGCAGAUUUUUGUGCUCGGACGCAACGAGGAUCAACACUCUACGGCUACACACAUCUUUAUUCAUUGA